CUGACGUCACAUCGCCUGUGUACGUGCGCGCCCCCGCGGCUGUUGCAGUGACGGAGGGGAGGCAAGAUGGCGGCCGCCUAUCUCACCCACCAGCAGAAGGUGCUGCGGCUUUACAAGAAGUCCCUGCGGCACCUGGAGUCGUGGUGUGUCUUCAGGGAGAAGUACCGCUAUCACGCCUGUCUCCUGAGGGCGCGCUUUGAUGACAGUAAGGAGGAGCGAGACAUGGCCAAAGCCACCAAGCUGCUGAAGGCCGGCGAGGAGGAGUUCUGGGCCCUUCAGCACACCCAGCCCUACAUCUUCCCCGACUCCCCCGGAGGAACGUCCUACGAGAGAUACGACUGCUACAAGGUCCCGGAGUGGUCUCUGGAUCAAUGGCAUCCGUCUGAGAAGGCCGUGUACCCGGACUACUUCGCCAAGAGAGAGCAGUGGAAGAAGCUUCGAGAGGAGAGCUGGGAGCGAGAGGUGAAACAGCUGCUCAGCGAAACCCCCGCUCAGGGUCCUAAAGAUGAAGCCCUGCCGCCGGCUCGUAAGCCGGGCGACCUGCCCCCUCUGUGGUGGCAAUACGUGACGAGGCCACGCGAGCGCCCGACAUAGAUCCACAUCAGACCUGCCGAUCAGACCUCGUAGCAUGUGCACGUGUCUGGUGAAUAAAGUAUAAUGCUAUUAAAUAUUGAAUUUCCGUAACAAA